AUGCGUCAGCCGCUGGUCCAGCCUUCACCGCCUUCCUUACCUGCGCAACCUUUGGCGAACCAAGUUUUACCAUCCAGUGCGAGCCAAUUAAGCAUUCCACCGCAUCAAAAGAUCCCAAAUGGUGUUUUGAAUACCUUGGGAUACCCUUUCGAAACGUCGGACGAUCCAGCAAUUUUGUUUGAAAAGAUUGGACAAGUGGGUCAAGGGACUUACGGGAAAGUAUACAAGGUGAAAAAUUGCAAAACGGGUCAGUUAAUGGCGUUAAAACGAAUACGCAUGGGCAGCGAAAAAGAAGGGUUUCCUAUCACGGCGAUGCGCGAAAUCAAAUUAUUACAAAAAUUAAAGCACGAGCGCGUAGUAGAAUUGCAGCAAAUCAUGGUAGCCAAGGGUUCUGUAUAUAUGGUAUUGGAAUAUAUGGACCAUGAUUUAUCUGGGAUAUUGGGCCAUCCAAGCUUCAAAUUCGAACCGGCUCACGCCAAAUCAUUGACAAAGCAAAUGCUUGAAGGGCUGGCUUACCUUCAUCGCAUGGGCAUUUUACAUCGUGACAUCAAAGGAUCCAACUUAUUACUAAAUAAUCAAGGCGAGCUCAAAAUUGCAGAUUUUGGUUUGGCUCGCGUUUUUCAAAGGCACAAGACGCACGAUUAUACCAAUCGUGUGAUCACUUUGUGGUAUCGCCCGCCCGAACUUUUAUUGGGCGCUACUGCUUAUGGAUCGGCUGUGGAUAUCUGGAGUGUGGGAUGCAUCAUGCUGGAAUUUUUCAUUGGAAAACCGGCGUUUAGCGGCAUAGACGAGAUCUCGCAGUUGGAAUGUAUCUAUAAGAUCAUGGGCACGCCUUCUCCGGCGACUUGGCCCUCUGUCACCGAACUCCCAUGGUACGAACUUGUGCGUCCAAAGGAACAUUGGGAAACCAAGUUCAAGGACUCGUUUGGAAGUUUGCUGUCUCCGGGUGCUCUGGAAUUAUCCCAAGCAUUACUAUCAUUAGAUCCUGAUAAGCGACCUACCGCAGCAGAAGCGCUGGAUUUCGCGUACUUUAAAACCGAAGAACCCAGUCCUGAAAUGCCAGCACAUUUACUAAGCAUCCGUGGCGACUGGCAUGAAUUUGAGUCGAAACAAAGGAAGCGUCAAAAACCCUUAUUACAACAAGCUCAAGCUCAAGCAAAAGAUGCCAUCAAGGCCUCUGAUAAACUCCCUCCAUCUCAACUCGCACGGUCCGAUCCUCCCAUGUCUGUACAGUAA